AUGGGGGAUGGGGAAUCAGCGAACAAGUAUCUCCAAUCGCCUGACCCCGGUCUCAACGCUUUCAACACACAGACGGUUAUACAAGUCGCAUCCAACGCCCUUAAAUCGCAGAUGGUUGAAUCGUCCUUACGCCCGGUGAGCCUUAGUCCAGUUGGCAGGACGCAAAAGUACGAUUCGGAAGUUGUCGGUUGCUUAACGGGCGACCACGCGCCACCGAGGGGCCAAAAGGACGCUGCCCAGGGUUGA